GAUGAAACCUAGUUUCCACAUAACCAAGCUCUACUCAAUCACUAGCUACGUACACGUUAUUGCACUGCAUAUCAAUUCUUUUUGCAGUCAUGGAGGUGAUCACGAGCAUGGUAGGUGAGAGACCAAUCGUGAUAUUCAGCAAGAGCAGCUGUUGCUUGAGCCACUCCAUCAAGUCACUGAUAAGUGGCUUUGGGGCAAACCCGACAGUGUACGAGGUUGAUGAAAUGGCUAACGGCCAGCAGAUUGAGAGGGCAUUGAUUCAAAUGGGAUGCCAACCAAGUGUUCCAGCUGUUUUCAUAGGCCAACAAUUCAUUGGUGGUGCUAACCAGAUCAUGAGCCUCCAUCUCCGCAAUGAGCUCGUCCCACUCCUCAUGAAUGCCAAAGCUAUUUGGAUUUGGAAAAGAAAGUAAUCCAUCGACAACGUUCUUUUGAGUUCAAAUAAGAGGCUUAAUUUGCUGUGCCCAGCUAUAUAUGGCAGUUAUAUAUAUAUAUAUAUAUAUAUAUAUUGUUGACUGAAGAGUAUUAUGACACACACACAGAGACAACCCCCCUGAUGAGCAUAUAAACUAGUUUCUUGUCUUUUUAUUAAAAUGAAGAUCUUGGUGGUUUAAUUUCUUCUACAAAAUGAAUGCAUGCUUGCAUUUCUGACUGUUAAAAUAUUAUUCAAUCGCAUCAUUAUCGUGCCUUA